AAGACUUUCAUUUAACCCCAACGGUUUGUUUACAUGGCAAAGCGCGCGAAACAGAGCGAAGGAAGGAGGACGUAACACUAUAACGUCUAUUUUCUUGUUUUCUUGUUGUUUUAAGUGUGUGUGGCCAUGCAUGCCUUCUUGAAGACUGGUAAACUUGCGGCAGGAGGUGGGCAGGCUGGACCAAGUAAAGAGAAAGUGGUGAGGAAGAAAGCACCGAUUCCAUGGGUUGAAAAAUAUCGACCGAAGACAGUAGAAGAAGUUGCUUAUCAGGAUGAGGUUGUGUCUGUCCUGAAAAGCACUUUACAAGGAGCUGAUCUGCCAAAUUUGUUGUUCUAUGGUCCACCAGGUACAGGUAAAACUUCAACAAUCCUAGCUGCUUCCAGACAGUUGUUUGGUGAUCUAUUCCGACAAAGAGUAUUAGAGCUUAAUGCUUCAGAUGAGAGAGGCAUUCAGGUUAUCAGAGAGAAGGUAAAGACCUUUGCCCAGACCACAGUAUCUAGCACAAGACCCGAUGGCAAACCAUGUCCUCCUUUCAAGAUCAUUAUCCUAGAUGAGGCUGACUCAAUGACUAAUGCAGCUCAAGCAGCCCUCAGGCGAACAAUGGAAAAGCAGUCUAAGACAACAAGAUUCUGUCUUAUCUGUAAUUAUGUGUCACGUAUUAUUGAGCCGCUGACAUCCAGGUGCUCCAAGUUUCGAUUUAAACCACUAGCACAAGGCAUCCUACUGAAAAGGCUUACCUAUAUCUGUGAGGAGGAGAAUGUUAAGUACGAAGAUUCUGUCCUGGAAACCUUGAUUGGGACAAGUGAAGGUGAUUUACGAAGAGCCAUUACUACGCUGCAAUCAGCUGCAAGAUUGAGGUCAGGCGAACAAAUAUCCAAAGAAGAUAUCUAUGAAAUAACAGGAGUUGUCCCAGACAAGUGGCUUACAGAAUUAAUGGAAGUAUGUGCUACAAACUCAUAUGAGAAGCUGAGUGACUUUGUAAAUCUCAUGAUGGCAGAGGGGUAUUCUGCUACACAAAUACUCAACCAAAUACAUGAUAUCAUAAUGACCAACAACCAGCUCAAUGACAUUCAGAAGGCUGCAGUAUAUGAGAGGCUAGCU